UGGCUUAUCGGGAGUUCCAAAAUCAUCCACAGUCACUUUGACUUAUAUUCAGCCUGAUAGCUAAGGCGGAGGAUAGCUUCUGUAGCCAUAAGCGCUAACGUUAAGAGACCUGUCGGACAGUGAAUCUUUUAAAGAUGUUGUCAGCACCAGAGUGUUUGUGGUUGUGUCUCGCCGCUCUGAUACUAUCUGCAUCAGCUGAAGGUGAACCAGGUUCACAAAUCAAAGUGGUUGUAUUAGAAGGAAGUGACGCCGUCCUGCCUUGCUCACUCAGCACCAAGGAGAAGACUGAACUAAAGCUGUUUAACUGGAAGAAAGUUGAUCCAAAUGAACAGGAGGUGUUCAGGUAUGAUGGAGGCAAUCAUUACAAUGACGGCCUUCCAGGUCAAGACAAGCACUUCAGAGGACGGGUGUCACAUUUUCCACUAGAGCUGCAGUCUGGUAACGCCUCCAUCAUCAUCAAAAACACUGUGGUGCCUGACAGUGGAAACUACACCUGUGAUUUACCUCUGCAACAAAAACAAACAUUCAGCAUUGAACUUGUUGUUGGUGCAGCUCCGAAGCCACUCAUUCAUGUCCUGAACAUCACAGAGGACGAGGCGCGGCUGAAGUGUGAGGUCAGAGGUGCUUCUCCAAAGCCUAAAGUAGAGUGGAGGGACAGCGAUGGGAACAUCCUUCCUGCUGAGGAGCCACAGGUGUCACGCACAGGAGAGCGCUAUAACAUCACCCUCCUCACCACGGUGACCAGGACAAACAUCAGCCCCAUCCACUGUGUAGCCACGCAGGAGGAGCUCAGCCAUGAGACUAAGGUACAGGAUGACUUCACCAAGGGGCCAGUAGAGGGGACCAGGCACCCCAAACCUCUCUUCUUCAGCAAGAACAUCGAAGAUGAGUAG